GCCACUGGUCGUUGGCAUCAGGAGCGUCUGUGGGGGCGCCAGCCGCCGUCAGCGAUAUCCAUCAACGCACACUUGUAGGCCGCUUGCUGUGGUUUACAGGAGGUGUGCGUUGGCUGUGGCCCUGGAUGUCCGUGUGGUUCCGCAUGGCUGCAAAACCCACGCUGCGUUUCCAGCAUUUAGAUCGGGAUCAGCUUGCAGAAUUGUCGGGGCUGCUAGAUGGUGCUUGGAGGGUGAGUCGGCAUGCCGCCUUGUCUGACGUGCGACAAGGCUGGCAGUCGCUUGAGAUCUGUGGACGUGCAGUGUCAGACCGGGAGGAUAUCCUCUCUCCCGCUUGGAAGAACGGACGAGUGUGGCUGAAGGAAAAGCGGGUAGCCGGUUUCUUCCUUCAUGUCAUCGAGGCGGUCAAGCCACUUUAUCUGGUGGAAAAACAUGGACAGCCCCGCCUCGCUGCGGCGGAUGCGUUUGCGUCGCGCAGCCGGGCUGGCGUAGGAGGGUGGUGGCUGCCAGCAGGCGCGCCCCUCUGUGUGUCAGAGCUGCGUUGGUUCUCUUAUCAGUCUUAUCAGUUCUCGAUGGAUGCACUGCCCACCUGGUUCAGAGCAGAUGCCGGGUCUGAGCAUGAUAACCUUCAACUACUGAUCUGCGCCCUGGAGGCCCUUGCGCAGUUGGUGCUCUUGGCUCUGCAGCGCAGGAUGGUUUCUCGCUCCAACGUUGGAUGCUUGGUCAUCCGGCAGUUUUGUGAUAACAUGGGGGUUGUGGGAGACUCUGCCAAGGGUUUUUCGAUGAAAGAACCGCUGGCGUCAGUUCUGCAGGCGCGGGCGCUAUUCUGCCUAAAUGAGGGCAUCAAUUUCCGAGUCGCGCGUAUGGCCGGAGAACGGAACCAAUGGGCUGACGCACUGUCCCGGGGUCCGGAGUUUGAUCCUGCGUUUUGGUCUCAGCUGCGUGACGGGCGGCGCUGUGCAGUGGACUGGAAGAGCCUCCUCAAUUCGGGUCGACCUGACGCGUUACCAGUUAGUGCGGCGCCUGCCAAGCCAGGAAAGGGCCCUUGA